UUCUCCAUUUCUCUCCCCUUUUGUCUCUCAUACUUAUCAACCCCUAUUCUUGUGCACCAAUCCAUCAUAUGAAAACGAAAUAUCCUCACCAUGUCCCCAAGCCAGCUAAUAAAUUUCCCAACUUGCUUAAUUUUUCUUCCAAGAAAGCUUUCUAUUCUCACCACACAUACUAUCUAUGUAUAUAUAUAAGCCCAUACCAUUUUUGUCAAAAUGGAUCUCUAUGAUCAUGCAAAAUUUUGUUUCUUAUGUAACACAUGAAAUAUAUAUUAUAAGCUAGUACUACUUCAUCAAUAUUCCUCAUGGAAAUGAGUUUGUUUCUUGAUCUGGACCAAACCGGUCGAUCGAAUUUUCUUCGAGCUCUGUCACAAUCUCUGGGCUGCACUUACGUCUGUUUCUGGAUUUACAUUCGCAACCCUGCAAACUGCUCAUAUAUUGGUUUCGGCAGCUGUUUGAAAUACCUAGAUGGUUUGUUUCUCGAAGAAGAAGUGAUCAACACCCAAUUGCCUAGCUCUUCCUCGGGAAGUUAUGCUCGGAGGCUUUUCGAUGAAUACCGGCAAUCAACAUUCAGUGUUGCCGCCAAUAACGACCAUGUUCCAGGAUUUGCGUUUAAGCAUAGCUUUCCAUAUUUGGAGCUUCAAGAAUUGGACCUCCGGAGAUUGACUUCAAACGAUACGCAGAGGCAGUUCUAUCAGGAAGCGAGGAUUAAGACUGCAGUUUUCAUGGGAUGCAAGAUUGGAGAGCUUGAACUUGGUCUACCAAAUGUGCCUCAGAUCAAUAUGAAAAUGGAACUGAAAAGCUGGUUUCCAGAAGAGUUUCCCACGACUCAAUCCCAACUUGUGGAGCUAAUCAAUCCAAGACGACCAUUAAUAACCGAACAAAACCCGCCGACUUCGUCUUCAUCUUCAUUGAGAUCAUUCUCCAUAGAUAGUAGCCCUGAAUACUCAUCUCUUCUAUUCAACAUUCCUCCAACAAAUACUAAUACUUGUCAAAAUAUUCCUGAAAUAUUAUCCCACCCAGAUGUUAACAUUAAUCCUCCUCCUAUACAACAACCAAUCAUGCCACACCAUCAAGAAAUGCAAUCCUUUGCCCGCCUUCGAAACAUUCAAUUCCCGAAUCUAGAGACCGAAGCAGCAGCCAUGACGAAAGCGAUUCUCGCGGUCCUAACUUCUCCUUCACCUCCAGCUUCUUCAUCUUCUUCGCCGCAUCAACCUUCACAUACUUCUAGCACUUAUAACCAUGACCCUCAUCACUUGAUAAAUCCGAAAUCCAGUGCUUUCAAGAGCUAUACUAAUUCGUCGUUGCUAGCCUCGCAAUUAGCACGUGACUUGGGAUCCAAGAAAACUGUAUUCAAGCGAUCGAUUUCGUUCUAUCGUGGCUUGAAUUUCAUGAGGAAUCACCAGCGUUUACAAGUGACACGCCCUAGUAGCACCCAAUUGCACCAUAUGAUAUCAGAGAGGAAGAGACGUGAGAAACUCAAUGAAAGUUUUCAUGGACUUAGGGCACUACUGCCUCCAGGGACCAAGAAAGACAAAGCAUCUCUACUAAAUACAACGAGAGAGUAUUUGAUCGCAUUAAAAGCCCAAGUCGAGGAACUUAGCAGAAGAAACAAGCAAUUGGAGGCUCAAGUUUUUCCAUCGAGUACUGCGGGCGCAGUCAACAAUGAAGAAGCAACAAUUAUUAAUGAAAGUUCAUCAAGUGACAAUCAUGAAAGACUACAAGACGUUAGGCUAAGACACGUGUCCGGAUCAACGUCAGAAGAAGCAGAAAUUGUUGACUUGCAUGUGACUCUUAGGGCGGCAAUCCCUGCUGAGGAUCUAGUGCUUCGAAUAUUGGAAUUCUUGAGGCGGGAUCAGAAGAAUGUCAGCAUGAUUUCCAUGGAGGCCAAUUCUCGUUUGACCGAAUCAAGUGCUUUUAUUAAUCGUGUUACCUUUAGAUUAAGAGUACUUGAGGGGAGCGAGUGGGACGGGUCUGCCUUCCAGGAAGCAGUUAGAAGGGUGGUUGCUGACUUGGCACAAUGAAAACCCGACCAAUCGCUGUUCGACACAUGAUCUACAGUCAACCUAUAAUAUUUUUUAUUCUUCAGUGGCUGCCCGUCGUUGCCGAUGAUUCUCAGCCGUCGAUUUUGAGCUCAGCAAUCAACUUUUUUCCUCUUCAGUUAGUAGAUUUUUCAAGCUUAGUGCUUAAUUUUGCACGUUUUUUAUUGAUAUGGUCACUCAUAAAAAAAUAGAAAAAUUAAAGUAUAUAUUUGUAUAUGAUAAGAGUAGUUUUCCAUCCGCUCUUAUACAAUUGAUCGGA